AAUCAACAUGUCAUCAGAUUAUUUGAUUGAUUUAGAAUCUUCUAAUGAAUAUAGUUAAAAUAUUGAAGAAAAUAAUAAAAAAAACUAAUAGAAUCUAAGUUUGUUUAGGAGUGAUUCAUUCUUUAUUGAUUUUGAAUAACAAUCAACAAUUAUUGUUAAUCCGGUUUAAGAGUAUAAUAAAGAAAUAAAUAAUAAGAAGGUUGGUAGAAAAAAGCUUGAUAAAAAAAUAAAGAAAUAAUCUAAGGAUAGAAAUUUAAAUGAUUAUAAGAAGAAUAUUUGCCGAAAUAUUUUGAGACAUGCAAUAAAAUCAAUGAUUAAUGACUAAGAUUGUAUAGCAUACAUAUCGGAAUUGGUAGAUGACAGCAAAUAAUUAAGUAUAUAUUAUAACAGAUAAUUGGAAUUAAUUACUGGUUAUAGAGUUCUGAGAGAUCAAUUAAUUUAAUUGAAGGAUGAUGAUCUAUUAGUAAGGAAUAGGAAAUAAGCUUUUAAAUAAUAUUUACUAUGGUAUUUAAAAACUAAGGCAACAGCAAUGAUUUUAAGAGGAGAAAGUUAGAAUCCUGAAGAAUAUUUACGAUAUAAGAAUGAAGUUUUAAUGUAUUAUAUACAUCAACCACACGAAUGGAUGUCUAAUAAUCCGUAGUGGUUAAAUGGAUCCACAACAACAAUGAAUAGAUAGUUUCAAGUUAAUUCAGAUGAGGAAUAUAUUUGAGAUGACUUGGGAUUAUAAUAAGAUAAAUACUGCGUGGAUAUAGACCACAGAGAAUGGAGAC